AUUGGGAGCUCCCAGUUGCGGCCACGAUCAAGCGUCCCGAGUCUCCAGCCCUUUCCGCCUGCAAUGCCACCGGCGUUGAGACCCACAGCGCCGUCGCGCAGGCUCCUCAGGUUUCUUCGCGCCCAAUCCGAAGGUGUUGCUUUCGUCAAGUGCGCCGCUCGGCUGUCCACUCGUCGCCGUGCCUGUACCUGCGUGAGGACGAGGCCAUCCGAGAAUACGCUACACACCCCCCUAACACGGCACGAACCCACAUCUCAGGCCGCGUUUCUCGGCCUCAAUGCGAUUCUCCCAAAGGUCCUGACGAAGCAGCGCACCGCACCAGGCACCGCCAAGAAGAAGGGCCAGGAGCUCACUUCCACGGGGGGCGCGACGCGGUAUUCCUCUUCGGAACAGACCCCCCACGACGAUGGCAAUAAGACGAAAUGGCAAGAGUGGCUGUUUGGACCCGAUGGAAAGAAGGAAGGCGAAGCGCUAAAGGGGGCCGACAUUAGGGUGCGCAUGGAGGAGGAGUCGGGUUCUAUCUUCCAGCGCAGGUCUCUGACCGCAAAGGCGGCCCUGGAUCCGAGACUGCGGUGCACUGAAGUGGACGGCAGUGGAAAUGUCAUAAUGGUGGACGGCGAGCUGAAGAAGAGCGAGCUGAUUGCCAGGUAUGGUCUUCUUCCGCGCGAUCUCCGCAAGAUCGAUUCGUCCAAUCUCCCGCACAUUCUCGUCCGUCCGUCUGCUAUUCUACUGAAUCUACUCCACCUGAAAGUUCUCAUCAAGCACGACCGUGUCCUGCUGUUCGACGUCUACGGCUCCACCUCUUCCUACCCCCAAUCUGCCUUCAUGUAUGACCUGCAGGGGAAACUACAGCAGAAGCAGGUGGCCGGAGUAAACAGCUUGCCGUACGAGUUCCGGGCCCUUGAGGCCGUCUUGAUGUCAGUCACGUCCGAGCUGGAGGCCGAUUUCGAGUCAGUGCGGGACCCGGUCAUUCGCAUCCUCAGCGAUCUGGAAGACGAUAUCGAUCGCGAGAAGCUCAGGAUACUUCUGGUUCUGUCUAAGAGGGUCAGCACCUUCGAGCAAAAGGCCAGGCUGGUUCGCGACGCCCUCGAUGAGCUUCUGGAGGCCGACGACGAUCUGGCCGCCAUGUACCUGACUGAGAAAACCCAUGACUUAUACAGGGGGGAGGAUGACCAUACCGAGAUCGAGCUUUUACUGGAAUCAUACAACAAGAUUUGCGACGAAGUGGUCCAGGAAGCGAGCAAUCUCGUGUCGAGCAUCAGAAACACCGAGGAUAUCAUACGGGCAAUCCUCGAUGCCAAUCGCAACUCGCUCAUGCUGCUCGACCUCAAGUUCAGCAUCGGCACGCUCGGGCUGGCCAUGGGCACGUUCCUUGCCGGCCUCUACGGCAUGAACCUCGAGAACUUCAUCGAGGAGACCAACUGGGGUUUUGGCGCCGUCACGGCAGUCUCCUCCAUUUUCUCGCUCAUCGUCUGCUGGUACGGCAUGGUGAAGCUCCGCAAGGUACAGCGGGUGAAGAUGAACGGCGGCGGCCUGCGCAGCCAGAGCCACUGGUUUUCCGAGGACGGCACCGAUGUCCUCCUGGAUCCUAGCAACCGCGAGCGGCUGAGGAAAAUCAACAUGAUGAAGAACGCCAAGCAAACUCGCUUCAAGAAGUGGCCCCUUUUUCGAUCGCCGCUGUGAGCAGCUACGACAUGGGAGUACAUGGGACCAAGAACUGUCUUCUCACGGUUGCCUGAGGCGUAACAGUAUAUACGGAUAGAUUGGGGGUUUUGUGGCGUAGGGGUGCUCUUGGGGGUAGCGGUCAACUCACUGCUUGCUGUUCGCGAUCUCGGUGCGUCCUUUCCUUGUACAGCAGUACCUGUAGAUGACGCGGCUUUUCUGUUCUCUGCCAUCUCUGCUCACAUAGGCAGGAAUUACGAUAUUUGGCGUAAUACCAAAUUUUAGACUGCGUUGACGAACCGUGCUGAGGAGGACAAGCAGGUUCAGGCCUGAACCACGGGCGCCUCGUUGAUGGACUUCAAUGUCGUGCCCGAGCGCAUUCCGGCCACGGCAGGGCCAUUCCUGGUGUAGCCAACUUCGAGCGAUGUGUGGCCAGCAGAUAGGAAGGCAUCUUCAUCCCUUUUCCGCGAAUACGAUCGGCUUUAGGACGAG